GAAAGACCCUAUCUAUUCUACCUGCUUAAACUAUAAGCGCUCGAGUAUGUCAACUCCGACAGCCUUGCCAUCGCAAAGUGCCGGGAAAAGGGUGGUCGCAAUAUCAUCUCAACCUGCUAGCUCUCGCGCCAGUAACGCAACCCCUAAAUGGGUAGACACCCUGCUCUUUUGGGUUGACUGGGGUAUCAAAGUCCUCGGCGUAGCCGCAGCAAUCAUCUUCGGUAUCUGGGCACCUUUAUCCUACCAGGCCGCCAAUAAUGCUAGUACGAGCGGUGAUGCUGCUACAAGCUCCAUGGUUACCGCAGCGUUCGCGGCGAACUCGCAAGCUUCGAGUGCGCUUAGUAUUCAGAGUACUGCGGCGGCAGAGCAGAGUCUCGCGCUCGAUGCCCUGAAUAGCCGUAUCGGCGCUAUAGGCCAGCUAUGGUUGUUAGACUUCUGCCUAGGAAAUACGGCAUUGGCAGCUUGUAAAUCGUUUACAAGUGAGGUACCGAUAACUAGUCUUGUAAGCUAUCUCGCUUCAUCAACUAGUACUGGAGUCACGUCCUCUUCCCAAGCUUCGCCGACAUCCGUGGCAGAGUCACCGACAUCGUCUACUGGUUCCGGGGCAGCAGCAUCGCACAUAGCACUGUCGAUCCCUGUUAUUCUCGGCAUUGUAUUUGCUAUAAUAUUGUUCCUGGGUGUUAUUGCAGGGCUAUUCGUUUCUCGACUCAAGAGAUUGAGAAACAGGCAAUAUGAGGAGUAGUCAACCGAGUGUGUGGGUUUGCGAGUCACGUGAUCCUCACGUGACAUUUGAGUUGUCCAGGCCAGAAUGCGGGAGCAAUAGUAGUUUCGAGAACAUAUAUUAUAUAUAGUAUAAUUAAUAGUAAAAG